GAAAGCAUUAAAAAAAGGGGACAUGAAGAGGUAUGCUGAGAUGCCGCCUCUGUUAAGACAUGAAAAGAUAGUCAAAACUAAUGAAGGAAGACGCCAGAACAGUUAUUUGACAGGUGAACAAAUAAAUACGCCUGUUACCGGGAACUUACAGUCUGUGUUGACGCAACAACAGUCUCCUACAUUAACUAGGGCACGCACUAGAAAUGUGGAUUGAGAUGAUCAGUUUGACUCGGGAUUAUGGGAACCAGAUGAUCCAAUGCAUGGUGUUGAAGAAAAUGAUUUUGACCAACUGAACCCCGAGGAUUAUGGACCUGCUGAUAUAGAGGACAACCAAGCACGCGUAUUUCAUCACCAGGAUUUCCAGUACCAGUAUGCUGUUGAUGCUGAUAUUGGGUACAAAGGUUCGGAUCCGUAUGAUGCAGUGUACAAGGAUCUUCCAAAAAAACAUCAUGUUCUGAAAAAGGCAAAAAAUUGUCAAUUCUGCCAUGCAAAGAGGUUCCCAGGUGAAGGGCCUGCCUUCUGUUGCAGGAAAGGGAAGGUUAAUAUAUAUAUUCUAGAGAUACCGGUUGAGCUCCGCCGCUUGUUUGCCAGUCAGACUGACAACGAUGCAAAAUAUUUUAGGAAGCACAUUCGUUAUUUUAACAGUCACUUCUCAUUCACAAGCUUUGGAGUUUCCAUUGAUCAUAAUCUCGCAUCUGCAAGAGGUACUGGUGUCUAUUGUUUUAAAGCACACGGUCAGAUUUAUCAUAGAUUGGAUCAGUACAACAUUGAACUUAAUACAAGUAUAUCUGUUGAUCAAAGGAGAUAUAAUGCCCCUAGGAUGGAUCAGGUCGCUGCUAUAUGGAUGGAUGGUAAUGACCCUCAGCAGCGGUUUUCUCGCAGCAUAAUAAUAUAUGGCAGUGAGGAUCGACCUCACUAUAUCAGGGCGUACCAUGGUUGCUACGACCCAUUAGCCUACCCUGUGUUGUGUCCUGAUGGUGAGACUGGAUGGGAGGAUAAAAAGAUUGAAUAUCAGGAUCCACCUCCUGCUAAGCCGAAGAGAAAGUAUACGAAGCGUAAGAAUCAAGAUGAUCUUUCUGAUGGGGAAUCAGGCGCAGUUCAGUUGCAGCCUCCUAAAAAGGGAAAACACCGACAUUCAGUGUAUUACAAUUUUAAUGGGGAAGACCAUGAUAUGGAUGAGCAAAGUGGCGAUGAGGAUGAUCCCAAUGAUGAGCUUGAUGACAUAGCUGGUGGAGGAUCUCGGCGUCGCGUCACUGCAAGAGAGUACUAUUGUUUCAAGCUACAGAUUCGUGAAGGUCAAUUCAAUGUGUUCUUUCAUGCUGGUCAGCUCUUCCAGCAAUUUGCAGUAGAUAUGUAUGUCAAGGUUGAGUCAAUGCGUCUAGAUUGGUACGCGAAGCCAGCAAAUCAGGCUAUAAUUCGUGUAGAUUUAUAUCAGGGUCUUCUUGACACGCUCGCCGCUGGAGAGGUUGAUGCUUGUUUUGAGUAA